GAAGCGGUUCCAUACAGUCUUGAGCGUCACGACCAUAUCCGACCAAGCAUAGAGGUCUCGUAUUUUUAUCGUUCAUCUCGACAGCCGUCCAGAGGAAAAUGCGUACGAUCAAGAGAUCAUUCCACACCUCGAUUACGGUAACGAACCACAAAGUGGGCCAUCUCGUCCUCCUGGCUUCUUGUGUCUGUCUUCUUUUUAGUCCGGGGUGUCGGUAAUGUGUCCACGGACUUCGGAAUCGACCAUCGUCAGCAGAGCGUCUGCUCCUGCUAGAUAAUGCCUCUCCAACGCUAUCCGCCGUUUGUCCGAGUCUUCCGAAGAGUAUAUCAGCAACUCGACAGCGUCCUCCGAUGCAACAGCGAGUUGAACGAUAUUGUCGGGAGUCCAUACAACAACGUCGGUGAUAGCCCUUCAUUAAUUUCGGCACGUUUGUCCCUGCUUUCCGCUGUCCCGCUUCCGCGACCGCACCCUAGCUCCUUCCUCGUCCUUCCGCGAGUGCUUGCUCUCGGCCCGCUCUGUACUUGAACUUGUAUCUGUAUUUGUAUCUCUUGUUUCCUCUUUACUUUCUCUCUGUUUCGCACUUCCUGUACGGC